AUGCCUGAAAAGGAGUUGAAUUAUAUUAGAUCAAACGAAGCCGCCGAUAUCGAAAAGAAUGGUGGUGUCAUUGUUGAUGCUUUUGAACAGCAAGACCACAAGGCCCCAUUAACCGGCUGGGCUAAGUUUGUUGAUUCUUUUAAGCCUGCUGACGAUGAUGAGAUGGGUUUAGAUCCUAACUUGACUGAAGCAGAAAAGAUUGCUAUCAAAACUGCAAACUCCCCAUUGUCUAGAUCUUUGAAGAAUAGACACUUGCAAAUGAUUGCUAUCGGUGGUUCUAUCGGUACUGGUUUGUUCAUUGGUUCCGGUAAGACAUUAAGAAUUGGUGGUCCCGCUGGUGUUUUGAUUGCCUAUAUCUUAAUUGGUAGUAUGAUCUACUGUACUGUUCAAGCCUUAGGUGAAUUGGCUAUUACUUUCCCUGUUUCUGGUGCUUUUAUUACUUACAAUACACGUUUUAUUGAUGAAUCAUUUGGUUUUGCUAUGGCUUGGAAUUACGCUUUACAAUGGUUAAUCGUUAUGCCGUUAGAAUUGGUUGCUGCUUCUAUUGUUAUUAGUUAUUGGGACUCGACAACAAACCCGGCAGCAUUUGUCGUUAUUUUCUGGGUUCUUAUUGUGGCUAUUAACUUUUUUGGUGUUAGAGGUUAUGGUGAAGCGGAAUUUGCCUUCUCCUUGAUUAAGGUCGUCGCUGUUGUUGGUUUCAUUUUCUUGGGUAUCAUUUUGGUUUGUGGUGGUGGUCCAAGAGGUGGUUACAUUGGUGGUAAGCACUGGCACAAUCCUGGUGCGUUUGCUAACGGCUUUAAAGGUGUUUGCUCUGUCUUUGUCACAGCCGCUUUUGCAUUCGCUGGUACUGAAUUGUGUGGUUUAGCUGCUGCUGAAACCAGUAACCCAAGAAAGUCAUUACCAAAGGCUACGAAGCAAGUUUUCUGGAGAAUUACAUUGUUCUAUGUUAUCUCAUUGACAUUGGUUGGUUUAUUAGUUCCUUAUAACGACCCAUUGUUAACUUCCGGUAAAUCAUCUUGGGAUGCUUCUGCUUCUCCUUUCGUCAUUGCCAUUAAGAACGGAGGUAUCUCUG